UCGGAGAAGUCAGAAAUCAGAUAAAAGUGCUGUACUGAGUGUUACUCUAGACUGAAAGUCGAAAAUGAGCAAGAAGGAAAAGAAAAAUGAAGAAGACGGAACAGCACAAAAUCAAGAAAUUCGGACGAUAAUAAAUAAUGACAAAAAUACGGAAGCAGCACUUAAACAAGAAAUUAAGUCACUUAAUAAGAAAAUUGAACUACUGAGUAAAUUACUAGCUGAAAAAGAUAGGCUAGUUCAUCAAUUGUCCAAUGAAGAUCGUAGGUUUCAACAGCACUACGAUCUAUUAGCCACCAAGGUCGUACAAAAGGGCACUAUUAUCAGCACACUGGAAGGACUAAAUACACGAAUGGAAGUAUUUGAAAAAUCAACCGCAACUAAGAAUGUCUCAUAUUCUCAGAUAGCUGCAAGUAAAGCAUCACCAAACAAAGAGACAAGAUCUUUGAAAAGCAUAAUCAUUACACCUGAUCAAGACCAAUAAAACUACAAGACCAGAUAUGAUCUCAACAAAAACUUAGACCUCUCGAAACUUCAGAUAGGUAUCGACAAGGUCAAAAACUGCAGAAAUGGAGCUGUAGAAAUAAACGUUCAGAUUGUGUUCAUACCGAACUUAAACAAGAAAUCGAAAAAAAUAUGCCUACAUCCUACAAGAUAUCUGAACCAAAAAUUAAAAUAGUUGGUUAUCGUUCGGAGGAAAAAAUUACCGAAAGAGAAAUUCAAGAAGAAAUUAUAAAACAAAAUCACUUUGUGGCUAACGGAG